AUGAGGUCGACUGCAUCGGAGUUUCCGCCCACGCUCGUCGCUGCCGUGCGAUCCGGGUUUGAUGCGUUCGUCCAGCUGCAGCGUGUCCGCCUUGGCAAGUGCACGGAUGAACUUCCCAGGUCGCUUGCGGAGGGAUUUGGGUCGUGUGAGCCUGUUGCCACCCCCGCACCCAUCACCAACACUGCUGCUGCUGCUGCUGCUGUAUGCACCGUCAAUGGUAGUUAUAAUCAUCAUAAUGAUAAGAGCACGACGGCAUUCCCGCAAACGUUAUGUGGGUGGUCGGAUUUGCUUCUUUCGCGACUGAAGGCGAUUAACGAUGUGUCAGUGGUGGACCCGACAGCAGAGGUGGUGUGGGAGCUGGUCUCUGUCGUCAUUGCCAUUCUGGAGAAUGGCGGUGAUGACGCAGUCAUUGCGAGUGGACCGUAUUUGGAGUGGUAUCGCAGCCGUUUUGUGAGCAUGGACGCCAUUUAUGGGCUGCGAAGCACGCUGAAUGCGGUGCCUCCCCGAGCAACUCUUUCGUCCGCGGCGGAAGAAGAUCUUUUUGAGGGGCUUCUAGGGCCCUACAUGAUAUCCAUCCAGCGGGCCUUUCUUGCCGGCCUAUUUCCUGUUGCAGCGGAACUUAUCAGCUCUCUCGUGGACUACCUGCGUUCUUGUGAGAUAGACCCUUUUGACGCGGAGGACGAGAGCGCAUUGGCCGACGUGAUUCGUCUCUUCCUGGAGACGCCAAGAAACAGCACAGAACACAGAGAAUGGACGGCUACAGCGAACCUUCUUAUCGUCGAUUGUAAACGCGUCUUUACAAGAGCAGGUGAUGAAUCUAAUUUGAUUGUCCAGGCGGCACAACAACUAAAGUCUUUGUGUUUGGACCUUCUUUUAAUGGUGAGUGGUGACGCGGCACUGAUUUUGGACACAUGCCAUUUGCUAGAGCUAGAUGUCAUGGAUUACGUCGCUGCGGUAUGCGCCGUCUGCAAGCCGUAUAUGGCUCUUCGCCAGUUGCACCACCUAUAUCAAAGUGCAUGGGAUACGUGGGGAGGCUCUGUGAAAGGGCCAUGGUACGUUGGUGUCGUUGAGCGGCUAUUGGCUAGCCGGUGUAUGGCAGAUGUGGUUUGCGCCAUGGAACUUGUUGGGCGAGCCGUGCGUUGCAACGAGUACUUGCCAAAACUGCCGAGCGAAGACAGUAACGUUGUUUCCUCUCCACCGGCUAACAGUGUGGAAGAGGAGGACGAUGUUUCAGGUGUAGAGAUUACGAGCGAAGCACCUGCUGACCCAAAACUACUCCGACGCUUUGCCCUGCUCUUUAUGGCUGCUCAUUUGGCCGACAUUUGUGCACCCCCACUUGGCGCGCCUGUGAGCAAAAUAGAAGUUACUUUUGUCCGGAAUGAACUUGUGGAGGACUUUGUUGCCUUAUUUCGGCACCAUCCACUGCUCUGGCGCACGGCAGCCAUGUACGUGGUGUACUCGCCUCUUAUGAAUCCCGCCAUUUUGUACCGCAUCGUGACAGAGCGGGCUGGAAAUGCAGUGAGUGAUCGCUACACUUUUUUGGCGUGCCACACUUUUAUCUGCUCCUCUUGGGAGGAGACGAGCGCCUUUCAGGUGGCACUACGCCGCCUGCUGCGCGAGAAGUACCCUUUGAGCGAGACAUUAGAUAAGUGGAUUGCCUCAGUUGACUACUAUAGACGCAAAGCGGUCGAGGUACUACAUGAGAAAAUCAUCAAUGAACGAUGGGCCUGUGGUGAAACGGCCCCUGCUGUGUGGUUGGCCGUCGAGUGCCAGCAAUCCAAGUCACUGCAGAUACGUUUUGAAAGGAUCCUGCGGUCACCGGGGGCCCUAGAGAGUGUGGAGGUCUAUGUUGUGGGCCAGGCAGUAAAUAACAACUUUAUUUCGGUUGACACGAGCUCCAACCUUCGAAUGCUAAAUGUUCUGCGUGUUUGUGCUGCCGUGUCCGAGUACCGAAGGGCUAUCGGUAGCUUGCAGGGGCUUGACGGGCAAAAAGACCCGGUGCGCAGCCCCGACACCAUUCACUGGGUGCUGCGCGCUGCGGAGAAGGCUCUUCGUUGCACUGCGUCGUUCAGGAUGCAUCCGACCACGGUGUUGGCCCUCGUGGAGCAGACGGUAGAUGUUGCGCUCCGUCUUCCAGAAGAGCAGCGUCCGAGAAAUUUCAUUCCUCUUCUCUCUCACGCGCUGGAGCUGGUGUUGGCGUAUCACUCCGAAAAGCGUUCCCAACACGCAGCACAUGCGUCUGCCAUUCGGGAAAAGAUCAUGAGGCUGUUGUAG